AUGGAUCUUUGCAAAGCCGCGAGCCAAGGCGACACCGGUGGCAUAGAAUCUGCGAUUGAGGAAGGGUGCGAUGUCAAUGCCCCCAACAAAUACGGGAAAACACCUCUCUGGUCCGCUGUACAGAGUGGCCAGGCAGAUGCAUGCAGACUUCUGAUUGCUGAAGGAGCUAGCAUGGAAAGGCAAAAGCCCGGUAUUCUCGAAGUCGCUGUUCAAGGAGAGCAUACUGAGGUUGUCGAACUGCUGUGGCCACACUGCGGAAUGGAAGAAAAACAUCGCUCUCUAGAAACUGCUAUCUCACUGGGCUUUCACGGGAUUGCAGAUUUUCUGAUAGGAACUGGGGUAUUCGAAUACCAGCACUCUCCAGCAAAUGGCACCAAACUGCUCAUAGAAGACGGAUGUCCUAGACGACAACUGGCAGCUUUUCAACAAUGGGAGAGAUUUCUCUUCGUUCGACACGGGGAGAAGCUGCAUUUGCAUCGGACUUUUUUCGACUAUGCCCUUCUCCUCGCUGCGAAGGCCGAUCGCAACGCGGGGCUUCGAUUGGUAAAUUUAUUGCUUGAGGAACGGGAAUUUAUGGCCGACGCAAAUUGCAAGAUCAAGAUCGACGAGCAAACCGAAACACCUUUGACGGCGGCGGCUGAGAAAGGCAACCUGGAAAUUCUCGCGACUUUGAUGGACCGCCCGAACACAAAACUGACGAUUUGUGGCAAAUAUAAAUGGCCCGCCUUUCUGCACCUUCUGGCGACUUCCGAGUCUAUCACCACUGAAAGAGGUCGGGCCAUCGCACGGAAAUUGUCCUCCGAGACCUUUUCCAAUCCGUUCCUAGUUGAUAGCAAGGUGGCUCCCCUGGAAACUGUGUUCGAAAACGUCCUUCGGUACGGCGAUGAUGGUUUUGUGAAGCAGGUAAUUGACCUCGUUCAAGGCUCCGCAGGAAAUGUGAUUCUGCCGCCGUUAAUUCGAGCGAAUGAGACUCAUGGCCUGCGAUGGAUUCUGAAUGGCGACAUAGCGCGUGCAUCCAAGCCUCCACCAAUGCUCUGGGUCUUGCUUUGCGAUUUUUUCCAACGUCAUCCCCAUGCGGAGGCUCUGAACCUUUUUUCUCAAGUGGCAGAAUUUAUGGUACAAAAUGCGAUCUGGAACCGGAUCAUACUAGUGUGUCUUCAUUCACGCAACUUCUGUUUUCUCAAGCAAUUCUUCUACCCUCUCCACGAGAUCCCACCGAGGGAAGUGACGGAAGAAACAUUGGUCGGAUUUCCACAAGCGUCUGUUGAUCGGUUUCUCGUACGGAAGUGGGUUGAGACUGGCUUUGCCAACGCAGCACUGUGGAGCGCCAUUCAAUCCGGGAUAUGGAAGAGUCCAAACUUUGAAAGCCUUCUUUCCUGCCCCCAUAUUGACCUGAAUCGGCCACAACCGCAAGAGAGGGGCUCAGAAACGGCAGAAGCAAGAAAUGAUUUUCCUCCCUUCUCCAGCACUUUAACUAGCGAGAAACAAAAGUUUUCUUUUAGAGACACUGCCGGAAUUCCCCUAAGAUUCCUGGACGACUCCGGUGUGCCGGGUCAGCGUGCCUUCGAGGACUAUCAAAUGCAACUCUGCAUACUGGAGCAGCAGAAUAAAAGGCGAUUAUUGAUGGCCCGAAAUGAAAUAGUGGAUACGAAUGGGGGAAAGAGCCCUUUGGCUUGGGCCGCGACAAGUCGUAAUGUUCAGCUUGUGGAAGUUCUUCUGCGCAGUCCUCGUGUCAACGUCAAUUCACAGGAUGCUCAUAAUCGAACCCCCCCUCAUGCACGCCAUUGCAGUCAAUGA